GCAUGGGGGGCAGCGGCGGCGAGGAGAGCGGCGGGGACCCCCUGCCCCCGGCCGGCGAGGACGUGAGGAAGUGCGGCUACCUGCGCAAGCAGAAGCACGGCCACAAGCGCUACUUCGUCCUGCGGGCCGCCAGCCGGCUGGCCCCGGCCCGCCUGGAGUACUACGAGAGCGAGAAGAAGUUCCGCAGCAGCCUCCGGGCCUCCUCCUCCGGGCAGGCCUCCGGCGGGCCCCCGAAGCGGGUCAUCCCCCUGUACCAGUGCUUCACGGUCAGCCGCCGGGCCGACGCCAAGCACCGCCACCUGAUCGCCCUGUACACCAAGGACGACUACUUCGCCAUGGUGGCCGACAGCGAGCAGGAGCAGGAGAGCUGGUUCCAGGCCCUCAGCCGCCUCAUGGGCCAGGCCCGGGGCCGGCCCGGGCCCGAGGAGGCCGGGGAGGACGAGGCCGCCGAGCCCCCGCAGCCGCCCGGCGGCGACGACGACGACGACGACGAGGACGGGCCCAGCCCCGGCUUCAAGGAGGUGUGGCAGGUCCAGGUGAAGCCCAAGGGCCUGGGCCACAGCAAGAACCUGAGCGGCGUCUACAGGCUGUGCCUGUCCAGCAAGGCCGUGCAGCUGGUCCGGCUGAACGCCCAGGCCCCGUGCGUGCAGCUGCAGCUGCUCAGCAUCCGGCGCUGCGGCCACUCGGAGCACUUCUUCUUCCUCGAGGUGGGCCGCUCCGCCUCCAUCGGGCCCGGCGAGCUGUGGAUGCAGGUGGACGACUCGGUGGUGGCCCAGAACAUGCACGAGACCUUCCUGGAGACCAUGAAGGCCCUCAAGGCCUUCGCCGAGUUCCGCCCGCGGAGCAAGAGCCAGUCGUCGGGCACCAACCCCAUCUCGUUCCUGUCCACGCGGCGCCACCUGGGACACCUGCCCCCGAGCCAGGCGGGCCUGCCCAGGAGGCCGAGGACCGACGGCACGCCGCCCAACGCCUCCGCCAACGCCGCCGCCAACGCCAAGAGCGGGGCCUACAGGUUCCGCACGUCCAGCGAGGGCGAGGGGACCAUGGCCCGGCCGUUCCGCUCGGUCACGGGCAGCCUGAUGCACCUGAACGCGGCCCGGCUGGGCCUGGGCCGGCCCGAAGGCCCCGGCGGGGCCCGCUCGGCCCGGGCGGUCCUGGGCGGCCCUCAGCACGCCCGCUCCGCCUCGCUGCCCGUGGCCCACCUCCCGGCCGCCACCAGCCCCGUCAGCGUCUCCCCGGGGUCCGGCCCGGACCCGGCGCCCCGACCCGCCAGCGCCUCGGCCGCCUGCUGCGGCUCCCCGGGCGACGGGGGCUUGGCCUCUUCCGACGAGUAUGGGUCCAGCCCCGGGGACCCGCGCUACCUGCGCGUGCGGAGCGGCACCCCGGACUCGCUGUCCAACACCCCGCCCAUCCGCGAGGAGCCGGGCCUCGGCCACUACAUGGCCAUGGGCCCCCGGCCGGCCCACCGGCCCGGCCCCGGCGGGGAGGAGCCGGACCCCCCCCGGGAGCAGCAGCAGCAGCAGCAGCAGCAGCAGCAGCAGCACUCCCACCCCCGCCACCCCCACCCCAGGGAGCACUGGCUGCUGCUGCAGCAGGAGCCCGAGCCCGACGGGGGCUUCGAGGCCGACAAGGGCCUGCGGAAGAGGACGUACUCCCUGACCAGGGCCAGGACCGGCCCGCCGGCCGCCCCCGACGACGGGCCCGACCCGCCCCGGCCCCGGGGGAUCCCCGCUCCCGAGGACGGCCGGGACCUCCAGGGCCGGGCCAGGGCCAGGGAGGAGGGGUACAUGCCCAUGCUGCCCGGGGUCGCCGCCACCCCGCCGCCGGCCGGCCACGGCGACUACCUGCCCAUGGCGCCCCGGGGCGUCCCCGCCCCCAGAGCCUGGGGCGGCCCCUGGUCCCCGUCGCCGUCGUCGUCGCCCUCCUCGUCGUCGUCCUCGUCUCAGGCGGACUCGCGGGGCUAUGUGAUGAUGUACCCCCGGGCCGGCUCGUCGCCCCUCCGGAGCCCCCUGACGGGGCCCCCGCCCCGAGGGCCCGGCGACAAGGGGCGCAACAGCGAGUACAUGGACAUGUCCCCCGGGGGCUCCGCCGCCCCCAGGCCCGCGGCCGACGGGCCCGGCGGCCCAGCCCACUCCCUCUCCAGAGCCCUGAGUGCCUACUUCUCCCUGCCGAGGAGCUUCAAGGCCCUGUCGGGGCAGGACGACCACAGCGAGUACGUCCCGAUGGCUUCCCCCGGGAGGCUGCUGGGCCGGGGGGGCCCCGCGGCCCCGCCGAGCCCCCCGCCGGAGGAGGGGCCGGGCCCGGGCCGGGCCGCGAGGCCCACGCGGCUCCCCCUGGGCCCCGGGGGGAGCCACGCCGGGCCCGGCCCCUACGAGCGGGCCACCCCGCCGGAGCCGGCCAGCCCCGGGGACUACAUCAACAUCGACUCGAGCGACAAGGCCAGCCCCACGCCGUACUCCCUGUCGGCCGAGGGGUCCCCGUCGUCGCUGGGCUCCAGCGGGGACGCCAGGCGGUCGCCCCUCUCCGACUACAUGAGCGUGGACCUCGACGUCCGGUCCCCGAGGGCGGGCCGGGGGCUCUCCGGCUCCCCGGCCGACGGGCCGCCCUACGGGGCGGGCCCCCGCCCGGCGAGGAGCCCGCCGGCGGCGGCGGCCGACUACGCCCGCCUGGCGUUCGGGACCACGUGCGCGAGCGUCGCCGGCGGCGGCGGCGGCGGGACCGACGACUACACCGAGAUGACGUUCAACCCGGCCGGGACGCCGCCCCUGCCCUUCGCCCCCCAGGCCAACGGCGCCGUCCGAGGAGGCGACAGUCCUCCCUCCGUCGUCGUCGGCCGGUACCCCGGUGGCCCCUGCUUCCCCGGGCCCCGCCCCGAGCCCCCCGUGGGACCCAAGGUCAUCCGGGCCGACCCCCAGGGCCGGAGGCGCCACAGUUCCGAAACCUUCUCCUCCUCCGCGGGAACCGGGGCCCCUUCCUCCUCCUCUUCCUCCUCCUCCUCCUUCUUCACCGACGGCAGCAAGAGACACAGCUCGGCCUCCUUUGACAACGUCUGGCUGAAGCCGGAGGAGGGCCCGGCCGACGGGCAGGAGAGCAAGAUGUCCAGGGACACCUCGACCGGCUUUCAGAACGGUUUAAACUACAUCGCCCUGAAUUUACGGGAGGACUCCCUAAACGGUGAGGCCGGCGGCCCGGCCGUCGUCGCCGCCGCCGUCCCCGCCGCCCCGACCUGCCAUCCCCUCCAAAACGGUACCGCGAAUUUGGACAGCGGAGCUUACGUAAGCAUAGACUUCUCCAGAUCGGAUGGUUUAAAGUGUAAUUCCGCAAGAAAAGACUGAUAACAUUACCAAGGAAACUGUUUUUAGAAGAACGCGAGGGUUGUGGAUUUUUCUGCUGGUCUCUCCCGGAUUUUGGAAAGCACAGAGGUUUACAAUAGCUGCUUUGGCUUCCACCAGCACAGACAUGGACACCCACAAUUGAAUGAAUUUUGUUCACACAAAUCAGCCUGAACUGCUGCCUAUAAUGGAGUUAUUUUUGAAUUAUGGAAUGUCACAACUCUGCUUCAGUGAUGGAUUUCCUUCCUCCUGGCUCCACUCUCCCCUGCCUCCCCCAACCUAUCUGUAUGGGUGUAAACCUCGAAAGGCAGAUUGUCACUUCCUCAUAUUUCCCCUUUCCCCUCAAAAAUGUUUUUCAUCUAUAUACACACAAACUAUAUAUAGAUACACACACAUAUAAAUGCACGCAUUUAUGUGUGUGUGUAUGUAAACACCCAAAGGUGACUGACAGUAUAUUUAAUACAUGGAUUUGCUUAUCUGGUAUGAUACUAAAUGCCUAGUAGCUUUAACACGUAAAGUUUAGAAAAAUGAUUUGGAAGUUUAAAAUCUUUUGGGGGGGAGGGAUGGUGAGGGGAGAACUAUGUAAUAGAACGUACAUCUAUGAUCUAGAAUCUUCUCUUUUUUUAAUGGUACAGACGAUAAUGGUACAGAAGCUUACUUCUUGAUCAUAGAUCUCGUGAUUGUAAAUCACCUUCACUGGUAUCAAACCUAUUGAUCAGCAUGUCCUAUUGAUCAGCGUGUUCCCCAGUUAAAGUGGCAAGAAGAGAGCGAGAACUGAUGAUUGCAAAUAUUUCCCCCUUUCUUAGCUACAGACAUAAAACGAGUUGGAAUUUCUGUCUAUGCAUUUCAAAUGGAAAAAUUCAGACCGGUUGUGUAGCAUCUGCCUUCAUUUGUUCCCCCCACGCUCCCUUCCCGCUUUCCCAGAACCAGGUCACCCUAUCUUUUUAACCAAAGUCUCUUUUUCAUAUUGGACCAAGUUUUGCAGAAAGGAAAACAGUAGAGGCUUGGCUCGGUCUGUCACGCGUCUAAAGGAAAAAGCUUCCAACAAUCACGGCUUAGUCUGGAAAGCAAAAUCUAUAGAAAUCCGAGUGAACCACAGUACUUUUGCGGGGUUUUAGUGGACGGCCGAUUCGGAGCGUCUGUUAAUGCUGCCCUUUUGGAGAGCGCGGCAUCAGUUGUGGGUACACACAAUGUAUGGGUCUCAAGGCCCUGAAAAUAAAUAGGGUCAUGGCCCAUACAGCUCCAAGAUGCCGGCCACCACCCCCCUCACCGAAUAUCGGGCAAGGGUGAGGUUCAAACCGCCUCGCCUCUGGACAACUGGCUCAAGAGUCUACUUUUUAGAGCAGCUCAGCCACUCAGUUUGGAUGUUCGGUGACUUGUACUUAAAUCUAUUUUUUGGCAGUCUUAAGGAGUACACGGUACGAAAACGAUCAGUUGAAUUUUCGGAAAAACGUACCCGAUACCGACCUCCUUGCGGUUCUCAACACUUGAGGCAGGGAGGGUGGAAGGGGAUUGGGGGUGAGGGUGCCCGAAGAGAUGCAUUUCCACUUCUCUAAGGGGCGGGGGGAGUACGGUGGUACAGUCACUAGUUGCUGCUGGAGCUCAGACUCCCUCAACCAGUUGAAAAAAAAAGAAAAUAAAAAUCUCAUCGCUUCUACCGAUCAUGAUCUCAUCACGCAAUACAGCUCCUAUUGGCUCUCUAAUGAUGCAAUAUUUUAGACAGCCUUUUUUUUUUAAGCUCUGCAACUUUUUAAAGAGUAAUUUCAGUAAUGAUAGAAGUUCAAACAUCUCUAAUGGUGAAGUGAAAAGAAAAGGUUGUUUGGGAAAAGAAAUGAAUUAAAUGUUACAUUAUUUACUUAUUAGGUCCUGAGGCUGCCAAUGUACUGUGUACAGCACUGACUUAAUACAUGCUGAAUAAAUGGGUAACCUCAAACACGGUAGUACAGAUAUUAACAGGUACGGCAUUAUGAAUAUGCAAUCUUUUUGAAUCUUUUCUUAGUUUACAGACAACUAAUUUAUUCAGUAUUGUGCUGGAAGCCUAUUUUCGGGAAUAUGUAAAAACAUAUCAGUAGGUAUAUUACCUUCCAGCUACCAGUUUACGCUGCUGUAUAGUACAGAAAUACCAAUGACGGAACAAUGUUGUGACCUGUAAAUUUAAUUUGAUAUGGGGACAUAGUAAUUUCGUCUGUAAAAACGAAAACAUAUAUGGUUGGAACUAUUCAUUAUAUUUGCUAUUUCUGCUUCACAGAUCUGUUUAAAAGUCGAGCUGAUUUUUCUGGCUUUGUCUUCCAUUGUAAAUAUUGUUACAUUGUUUUCUUUGUAAACACAUCGCGCAUUUGCGGUUUGGGGAGACUGGCUUGGAGCUCUGUAUAGUGUUUCUAUUUAUCUGACUUGGCUUUCCCUAGAGCUACUUGCAGUAAAGACGUUGUUCAUGUAA